AUGGGUGUUGCCAUUGGUGCUUUGACAGUUUUGGUGAGUAGCUCUUGGUUGUAUUGGAUUUUCAACAAAAGAAAGCAAAUGAAGCUUAAAGAAAAGUUCUUCAAGCAGAAUGGUGGAUUAAUGUUGAAACAACAACUCUCUAGAUUAGAGAGACCGACUAGAGAAGUGAUCAAAAUCUUUACUUUAGAAGAGCUCAAGCGGGCUACCAACAACUACGAUGACAAUAGAAUUUGGGUGGUCCAAGGAACUCUUGGAUACUUGGAUCCGGAAUACAUGCUCACAAACCAAUUAACAGAAAAAAGUGAUGUUUACAGCUUUGGAGUAGUGCUUGUGGAGCUAAUCACCGGAAAGAAGGUGUUGUCAUUUGACAAGCCAGAGAAGGAGAGGAGUCUAGCUAGGUAUUUUCUUUCCUGUAUGAAAAAUGAUCGGUUGUUCCAAGUCAUUGAUGAACAAAUAGAAAUUGAAGGAAUUGUUGAGGAGCUCACAGAAGUAGCCAAUAUUGCAAAGAGGUGCUUAAUAGUAAAAGGAGAGGAAAGGCCUACCAUGAAGGAAGUAACAAUGGAAUUGGAGGGGUUGAUCAACAAAAAGAUGAAGAAGCAUCCAUGGGUUAAAAUUGAUUUGAAUGCUGAAGAGAGUGAGCACUUGCUUGGUGGGAAGUUAAGUGGGUUUGAGUUAGAUUGUACUACUAGCAGUAAUAACACAACAACAACUGGGUACGAUAGUGUGAGGGAACAGAUGAUGUUGCCAAUGGAUGGUGGGAGGUGAUUUUUUUGUACUGUUGAGUUCACAAUGAUAACAGAUUGGGUGAUGGUUUGUUAUUACUGUCUUUUGUGUUUUGUAAAAUGAUGUGCUUACAAUAGAUCGUUUCGGUUUAAUUUACAUUUUCAUAUAUAAUUUUUCAUUAUUGCAAUCUAUUAUUCAAAUACAU